UACUGAGACUUCAGCUCAACAUUACGACUGCCACAGCCAUGACACCAACAAUGACUAGACAGAUUACCUACUCUGAGCAGAACCUCUCACUUACUAAGGUAAAGAAGCCAGCUGUGGAGAAGAUGCGCAGAGAUCGCAUCAACACCAGCAUCGAGCAGCUCAAGUCCCUCCUGGCUCCCGAGUUCCUCCUGCAGCAGCCUGACUCCAAGCAGGAGAAGGCUGACAUCUUGGAGAUGACCGUCUAUUUCCUGAGCCGACAGCAGCAGGCAGGGAGUUCCUCCACCGUGGUAGCCAAUGGGAGCUACUCUCACUGUGUGCAGGAGGCUGUUAGCUUCCUGUCGCAGUGUGAGGUGAAGACACAGUCCCACAGCAGGCUGCUGACCCACCUCCACAGCCUGCAGACAUCCAGCCAACACAGCCAGGCCCCCAGGUCCCUCUCCCCGCUGGGCUCCCCAAUAGACCAGGCCACCACCAAGGGUGUGAUGAGACCCAUCUCCCAUCCGCUCUGGAGGCCCUGGUAGAGCACCGCUUCAGACCUUUUCAUGUCAGACAAACGGAAUUAGACAGGCCAGUGUAUGUUUUGACAAGCAUGGACAGUGGUGUUCGGAGUGACGGAGGUCUACUUCUUCUGCAUUUGGCAAGAGAUGCUAUGUCAUUAGUCUUCAUCCAGAUGAAGAAAGGGCAUGUUUUGCCAGUAUUCCUUUGAAAGGAAGGAUUCUAUGAAAUUGUUCAGAUUGGUCUGGAUACAUACUAUGUAUUUGAAAAUGUACACUGAUUUAAUAACAGUGUUUCUCUUAUUUUAUGUUCUCGUUUGAGAACCUUAACUCUGACAGUACAGAGUUAAAUUAUUGUAAUAACAUACUUGCAUUGUAUUUCUAACCGAUAUUGAGUUGCUACUCUUUGGGUCUGUGACCACCUGUUUGUUAGAAUUUGUCAAACUCUUUGUCAUUGAAUGAUAAAAUGUAUCAAUUUGAUGUAGCUAUAUUAUCACACAAAUGGAUCCAAUGGAUCUACACUGAAUGUAAAUCAUGUUAUGAUUAUGUCAAAUCAAUGUCAUUGAUAAUACAGUAUUCAAUGUUCAAAGAAUAUGUUCAAAAGUUCAUUGUAACUUCGAAGAUACACCUUUCCUAAAGAGAUUUUGUGUAUUCCACAAAAGGUUUUGUAAAGAAAAAAGCUUUUCUGUGAAAAGUUUGUUUUGCCUUUAUUGGUUUAAAUGACACUCCAUUUGGAGUGACAUGCCAUCAAGUGUUCGAAAAUAAAUUAAAAACGGCAUUUUUGGUUUUA